AAACUAACCGCCGCUUGACGCUUAACGCAUGCAGCUUAGUAGCUUCACAGCUUGGAGAGCGGUAGUCAUAAUUUUCGCCAACACCGUUGUAUUGAUAUCAGUCGGAAAACGAUCGCGCUACCAGCAACAACACGUCACGGCAACGCGCGCACGAUACUCGCAUGAAUAUCCAAUAAUAAAACUACAUAAAUAACAACCAAUUCAAAGCUUACCAAAAAGGCAAGCGCGAGUACUCUAAGUAUACCAGACAUAUAAAGCUGGCUGGCGAUCAGUGACAAUAACUGCAAGAGGACGAACUCUUCAAGAAGGAAAAACAACAACUGACCAACCGUUUUUGGUAGUGAAUUAAAUUGUGACAAUAAAACGCGUGCGUGUGUUUGUGAGUGCGCGGUUUUAACGCAUUUCAAAAGAUGGCGGAUUCCACCACUUCAAUACCAACAUCCAAAGAGAAGUCAGCUUCAGUAUUUACGCUGAAUGAUUUCAACUCACGCACCCAGCUAACCGAAAAGGCACAGCUCAGCGAUGAAUAUAACCCAGCGGAUCAUCGUGAUCAAGUCAAGGGUCAAACGACAAGUGGCGCAUUAGCGCAUUUGCUGAAAAGUUCAUUAGGCACCGGUAUUCUGGCCAUGCCAAUGGCUUUCUAUAAUGGCGGUUUGGUGUUCGGUAUGAUUGCCACGUUGGUGGUGGGCUUUCUGUGUACGCAUUGUGUGCAAAUAUUGGUUAAAACAUCGCAAGAUAUUUGCAAAGAAAUCAGAGUACCUGCCUUAUCAUUUGCUGACACUGCGGAGAAGGUUUUCGAAAAUGGACCUAAACGUUUGCGGUCAUGGUCGAAUUUUGCGAAGCAAUUCGUUGAUGGUGGUCUGAUGGGAACAUACUACGCUGCCGCUUGCGUUUACAUGGUGUUUAUUGCCACAUCAUUUCACGAUGUGAUCAACUAUGACACCGGUCUUAAAUGGGAUGUGCGCAUUUAUAUUGCGAUUAUUGUAAUACCUUGCCUAAUAAUUGGACAAAUAAGAGAUUUGAAAUGGCUAGUACCAUUUUCAGCUAUGGCCAACAUUUUCAUUGUGGUCACAUUCGGCAUUGUGUUGUACUAUCUAUUCGACGGGCCUUUGGAGUUCUCGGACAAACCGCUCAUUGCGAAAGCCUCACAGAUACCGCUGUACUUUGCGACUGUCAUCUUCGCCAUGGAGGGUAUUGGCGUAGUUAUGCCCGUUGAGAAUACCAUGAAGAGCCCGCAAAGUUUCCUUGGCUGCCCCGGUGUGCUCAAUACUGCUAUGAUUGUCGUAGUAUCAUUGUAUGCGGUAAUCGGUUUCUUAGGUUAUGUACGUUAUGGCAGCGAUGUGCUUGGCAGCAUUACUUUGAAUUUAAAGGACGGUGUACCUUUGGCUGAUACGGCAAAAUUGUUGAUGGCUGUUGCCAUACUUUUCACCUACGGGCUGCAGUUCUACAUACCUAAUGAAAUUCUCUGGAGAAAAAUUAGUCACAAAUUUAACGAACAAUAUCACAAUAGAACACAAAUACUUUUACGUACCGGUAUUAUAUUGAUAAGUGGUGGUGUUGCUGCAGCUAUACCCAAUCUGGAACCAUUUAUCAGUCUUGUGGGCGCCGUCUUUUUCUCACUGCUGGGCAUUUUUGUGCCCAGCGUGUGUGAGACGGUUUACUUGUGGCCCGAUCGUUUGGGCUGGUGCAAAUGGAAGUUGUACAAGAACAUCUUUUUGGCUGCAUUUGCGAUAUGCGCUCUGGUUGCUGGCUCAGUCGUGAGUAUACAAGAAAUCAUCAAAUUGUACACGGAAUAAGUUCGAGACUAUUGCUAAUGUUACUAUAAGUUUGAACGUGUUUAGUUUUAUGUGCCAAAUAAGCGCCAGUACUAAGGUCAUUUAGGCAUACAUUUUAUUUAUAGGAAUUUUAAUGUUUGUACAUAUAAUAAUCAAUUGUUUAGUACCUGUGAUUUAAAUGUGUGAACGUGAUUCGCUUUUUAAGCAAAUUUAGUGCUAAACUACAGUAUUCAAUUAAGUUCAAGUUUCGAAAAAGAGUUGAAAUUAAUCUAAAACCUUGCCAAAGACUGUAGUGUUUCAAAAGCUGUCUUCGAUACGCCAUUUCUCUACUCGCUAACUUUGCGCUUUGCGCUCUUGUCAAACAAAAUUAUCGAGUUGAAUUCGUACAAGAGAGUAUGUGGUUACCUUAUUAAAGUGGUAUAAAUGCUAACUUCAAUGCUACUAAGUUUUGUUUUCAAUAUUUUAGAUCAGUUUUAUUAUUGUGAAUGGCUUAAAUGAUAAAUUAAAAUAUAUUUUUUUUUAUAUCAAAAACAUAACACUUAAAAUCAAUUAUAAUUAUAUAAAGAAAGCAAAACUAAAGGGUUUCUAAAACGUUUUCUGACGUAGAAGGAAGAGUUUCUCUACCAAGUAAUAAUCCGCACACAAUUGCGCAUGCGUCAGAAGACAUGUUAGUGCAGGGUUGUACCGCAAAUGCUGCCCAUAUGCCUAAACAUCUAGUAUAAUUUGUUCGAUUCGCUACUCUCCAACGCUUGGCGUAUCGAAGACAGUUAAGAAUAACUUUAACAGAAUCACUAAAAGGUCAAUAAUAACAAGUCUGUCAGAGUUCUUAACAACUUAAAAAUUAUAAAAAUGUCUAUCAAAAGAAUAAAAAAGGAGAAAUUCAUAAGGCAAAGAUUAGAGUAGAAAAGUGCUUCUUUUGUGAAAAGUAAUUAUGAAUAAUUUAAUUAUUUUAUGCGCUAUUUUUGAAACUUUGCCGUACCUUAAAAUUAGUUUAGCAAUUUCGUUAACUGUUUUAAAUAAGCGAAUGCGAUAUUAACUUUUAUCAAUAUAUCAAUUCAAAAUCACUUAAAAUAUAAGUUUUGUAAACAUUUAUGAACGAUUUAAUUAUUAAGCUGUAAAUUUAAUAUAAAAUAAAUAAUAAAAUUUAAAAAAAUAUAUUGAAAAUUAUAAUUUUUUUUUGCAUACACAUAUGUAAAUAUAAUAUGUAAGCGGAAAGAAAUGACAUGCAAUAAAAUAAAUUUUAAUUAAAAAAUAAGAAUUGUUGACAAAAAAAUUAUGUAAGAAAAUAUAUGCUUUCGUACUUAUAAAGCUAUAAAAAUAAAUGCGACAAUUUUUUUAAAUUAUAAUUAUAAUUUGUAUUUAAAUAUCGUUACUAAUACCGUCCCACACAAAAAUUAUAAGCGGCUUAAGAUCAAGCUGCCCCAACAAGUUAGAAAUAGAUGCUCGACAAAACAUAUGUCAAGGUUUAAACGCCAUAUUAUUUUUACUUUUAAUGUAAUUUUAUAAUAAAUGCGUAUUAAAUUAGCAAUUUAAGAUAUAAAUGUUUAAAUAACGGCAAGGUCAUAGCUUUAAUUGUGAAAAAUUCUUAUUUGUAAAAAAUAAAAAAUGACACUAUUUACUAAAUAAA